AUGCUAAAGAGACCCCAGUCACAGAAGAAGAGGAGAUGGAUUGACUGGACCAUGACUGGGGAACCAAUGAAUUUUGUCCGCCUGACUCACAUUGGCUCUGGGGAGAGAGAUGGACUUGUCAUGACAGGUGCAUUCAGGAGCAGAUUAGAUCCAAGGGAAACUAAAAGGCCGUAG